AUGAGUCUAGGAAAAGAAAAACAGUUGGUUUUGGAAAUGAUUCCUCAUUUUUAUAAACAAGGAUGGAUGAAGUUUGGAAGUGGGAAUUUUUGUUUAAGAAACGGCGAUCAAAUACUUUGUGCAAAAGACCGUGUUCAAAGAGAUAUGUUACAGGAAGGAGACCUUGUUCAAUUCUCUUUAAGCGAUUCUUCCAAACCUAAUGAUGUUGAGUGGUCUAAGAUUUUUGCCUAUGUUUUAGAGAAAAGAGACGCCGUGGCUUGUAUUUUGUCUACUUCACUUGCUGCCCUUGGUGCUUCACUUUACAAUGAAAAGGAAUUUCAUACUCGAGCGAAAGAGAUGAUCAAAGGGAUCCCCAAGGGCCAUCCUAGCAAUGGCUACCUCUGCUGUUUUGAUUCUCUAAAAGUACCUAUAAUACAGAACGAUACAGCUGAAUGCGUUUUUAAAAGUAUAAAACAAACCCUUGAAGAGUAUCCAGAAACAAAUGCAAUCCUUAUUCGUGGCUACGGAGCGAUAGGCUGGGGAUCCACUUGGGAAAAGUCAAAGACACAAAUGGAAUGCUACGAUUAUCUGUUCGAAUUAGACUAUAAAAUGAAAAAUUUAUAA